UGGAAGUACUUGUGGUACCAAACUAUACUAGACCCAAAAAUUGCAUACUAUUUAAUCGGUCUAUUUUUAUUGCAGUCUAUUGUAGUCUUAUUAUUGGUGAUAUUACAUUGUACUACAUAUGGCCAGUGGGAAUCAUAUUCCUAAACGACGCAGUUUUCCACAAUCUAGCUCUUCAUUUGGAUAUCAAAAUGGAACUUUCUCGCGUCCCGUUAGUUACUCACAAGGAGUUAAAACACCCUCCCAUGUCUCAGCAGCAAUCUCUUCAGAAAUGGUCGAACAGAAAAUGAAAGAUCUAACUCUUGAGGUUGAAAAGGAACUCAAUUCUCCAGGAGGUUCCGAACCAUAUUUUGGACGUUGUGCAAAAUGCAACCAAGGCGUUUAUGGCCAUUCUACUGCUUGUCAGGCAAUGGGUAAAAUAUAUCAUAACACAUGUUUUGUGUGUGGAUGCUGCAGUAGAACAUUAAGAGGUAAAGCAUUCUAUAAUGUAAAUGGUAAAAUAUUUUGUGAAGAAGAUUACCUUUAUUCAGGAUUCCAACAAAGUGCGAAGAAAUGCCAUGCAUGUGGUCAUCCUAUCAUGGAGAUGAUUUUACAUGCUCUUGGAAAUCCAUAUCAUCCCGGCUGUUUUCGGUGCUGUGUAUGCAAUAAAGGACUCGAUGGAGUGCCUUUCACAAUUGACAUAGAAAACAAAAUAUACUGUGUAGAAGAUUAUAAUAAAUUGCAAAAAAUUUAUGCUCCAAAAUGUGCCAAAUGUCAACAUCCUAUUACUUCAGUGAAUGGACGUAAAGAAACUGUUAAAGUAGUCUCCAUGGGGAAGGAUUUUCAUGUGGAUUGCUUCAUUUGUGAGAAUUGCGGAAUUCAAUUAAACGAUGCCAGUAAGCCUAGGUACUUUCUUCUAAAUGGCAGACUUCUUUGCCAUGUUUGUAGAGAUCUCCCCCCACAUCAUCAAAAAACAAGAGGUCACCGGCAUUCUUUGCAAAAUUUUCCUACAACGAGUCAGUAUGGGAAUGGCCAAAGCAAAUCAACAAAUGCUGGUGGUAGUCCAGUCCGUGUAAGGUCAUUAGAAAUAGACAGACAUCCUUCCUCACCUGUGACUCAAGUACCACGAGUAAAAUCAUGGCAUCCAACAGCACAGUGAAUGCUAGAGUUUGAAAAAACUCAUCGAUGAUAUCUAAGUUUACAGAUUGGUACAAUUAUUUUAGGGUUUUGGUGUAAUAUGUGAUUUACAUGUAUGUUACAAAAUCUCAGAUAAAAAUUUUAAGCAUCAAAAAAUUUGUGAAAGUGUCAAUUACCAAACUCUAAUCCUUGUGAUUAUUUAUCAUCUUGCCAUUUACAAAAUCAGGGCACGAGUGGUUUGAGGACAAUCUUUAGAGACACUGGUCUAGAUUAAAGUUGCUGCAGAUCACAAUGACUUUUAGAUCGCAUGUUAGUUACAUCGGCCCAUUUUAGUAUUCAUUCUGACAAAAUCUGACGUUUUUGAUAAUGUUUGUUUCAUCAAUCAUAAUGUACGAAAGUAUUAUUGCACAGUAUCCUUCCAGAUUCUUUUUUUGUUAUGUCAUAAACAGUUAUGACAUGUUGCUUAAUUUACGAUUUUUAAUGCUGCCAAAGACACCAACAUACACCAAAAGUAAAUUUGUUGUUUUUUUAACAAUUUGUGUCUCUUUACAUCUAUCAUUUCAAUCAACCACAAUUCUAUUAUCAUAUAGCUUGCCAAUUUACUAUCUCUGUUCAACUUAUUUGAGCUUGCUCAUGUCAUUAAUACUAUAAAAUAUGUGUAUGCGCUAAAUUUUCAAAACCUGUCUUUGAAUUGAAUUUUUGGGAUAAAACUUUUUUUUAGAUUGAAAAAUUUGUAGCCUUGUUAUGGGAUCAACUACAUAAUAUCAUGCAGUUAGGCCUAAAUGUUUUGUCAUAUUAUUUAUAGCAUCAGUGAUGACUUGGAUGUGUUAUAUUUUUUUCCUGGAUACUAAUGAUGAAAAAAUUAAAGAUUACCGGUAGUUACAAAGCAUAAUGCGUUUGAUUAUAGCAAAAUUUUGCAAAGUUGUAAAUUUACUCGGUUCUUAUAGCAUAGUUGCUCAUAAGUUGUCCUUUUGUUAAAAUUUUUAUCAUGAUAUUUCUUGAUUUCACUCUGAAAUGGCUCUUUAUACAGGUAAGUAUCCACUGCUAGUAAGAAUCUAUUUUAGCAUAAGAGGGCCGGUGUCUUUUCAACUUAGCAUGGCCUAUCCAAAUAUUACACCUUGGUUGAGGUGGCGGGUAUAGAUGGGAUUAGAACCCGAGAUUUCAACAUUGUCCAAUGUUUUAACCCAGGGGUGUGCAAAACCUUUAGUACAGGAGAGCCAGAUACAAAUAACUGGGUGAAACUGUGGGUCCCACCUUUAUUUAACAUAAGCUUUCUGGUAGUUGCAUGCACAAAAAUUUUGUUUAUUGAUCUUAUGACAUGCGGUAUUCGCUUCGCGCAAGCUAGCUGUUAGGGCAUUGUGAGGGAUUGGAAUUACUUGUACGUACCAGAAUAAACUAAAUAAGAAACUCGUUUCGUGGCCUGCACGCCAUUCAAAAUUGGCAAUUCUCCGCGGGUCGCACAAUUUUAUCUUGUGGGCUGCAGGUUGCACACCCCUGUUUCAACCACUUGCCCUUUGCGGUACAUAUUUUAUAAUGUAAUGAUUCAGCAUCUAAUCUCUGAUCGCUUAAUUAAUUUUGCCAACUGUGCCACGACAAUUUGCACUACAAAAUCUUUCAUAUAAUGAAUUUUUUACAGUUAAGUUUAUCUUUUAUAUUGAAACCUCUGUACUUUAUAUCUAACCAACAAUGACAUAUUUUGGCUACAUUUUGUAUAUACUGUAUUCUAUAUGUUCUUUGUUAUGUUUAAGCAUUUCCCUUGCCUAUGUUUUUAUGGUUAUUACCUGUGGAUAUUACAUUAUUACAGUUUGAAUGUUUAAAAUUGUAAGCCUGGCCAACAUUCAGUUUUUAUCGUUUGUUUCCUAUUAUAAUUGACAUACUUUGAAGAUAUCUAAGUAAUAGAUUUUUGCUUGAAUUGAAUUGGGAAAUUAAUUUUUGAGAAUCUACUUUAUUGAAAUUGCUUUUUGUUUUGUCAUAAUGAUUUAUACUUCUGAUCGAAUUAUUUGGGAGUUCAGGGUUAUCAAAAUGUUGGAUAUAGAUAUCAUCACAAUGUACUAAUUCUUGCCAGCCCUUUACAUGCCAUUAUUGUCCAGAACCCAGCUUAUUAUUUUUAAUUUUAUCCACUGUUCUUGAUUAUUUUGAACUUCUCAUCUUGGUCACCACUAUUUUUUACCAACUCAAAUUCAUGUUCGCUUGCUUGUUUGUAAAAAAUCUUGUGCCUAAUCAGUAGUCUAGUAAUUACUUUAUUUUAUAUACGGUACCUGUUUUCUUGCUUUCAUUCCAUUUUUGCCUUUUUUCUGUGAUUUAAAUGUUAAGUUAAUGAUGAUUACAUUCCAUAGUAUACAUUUCAGAAUAACAUUACGGUUACAAAACUUUAUUAAGAGAACAAACUCAAAUCGUUUCCAAUCCAAAUAUUUACCUAACUGCAUCGAUCGUCACCCAUUUUCAACUGUAUGAAAUAUUGCCAAUGUUUCACAAUGCUGCUACCCAUUCCAUUGUUUUGCAAUAAUAGCUAGCUAAAACCCAAUCAUUUGUUGCUUGCUACAUUGAAUUAAGAUGUAAAAUUAUGAUAUUCAAACAGCAAGAAAUAAACAAUAUUUUUAAUUUCUUCUUGCCAAACAAAGAAUUGUGAUUAAUUUUUGGCAGAAUAUGGUACUAACUUUUGGGUAAAGAGUAUUCUGUGUAAUUUCUCUCUAAUGUAAAAUAUAAAAAUUUCCAGGUAUGAAAAUUUACCAUUAUUAUGAACAUCUAAAAUAUGAGAUUCAUAAAUAACAAUGGAUUUGAUAUAGCAGGCAAUCAACUUUUUGUAAUAUUUAUGUUUUACUUGUCGAGGAACUGAGAAUGAAAAUGUUUAUAAGUUGUUCAGA